AUUUUACAGGAAGUUAAUAAAUCGAGCAAUAAACACCAAUCGUGUGAGUCGUGAAAAAUUGUCGAAAAUCGUGAACUCCGUAAUAGGAAAUUUUUUAUAUAAAAGCUGAAUCUAAAUUUUCAUUGCUUCAGUUUUAAGUCUCUUGACUUUAGGACAAUUUUAUUGAAUCGUAAGCUUGAACUGUGCUUUAACUCAGUGAAUUGUGUGGUUUUUAGUUUAAAAACUAGUAAUAAAAUGUUUAAAGCGAUCAUUGCCUUUAUCAGCAUCGCCACAGGUCUUAUAGCUACAUCACAUGCUGAUACUUAUAACUGUCAAUUCGUAAACUCUCUGUGGACUAAUGUAGGCAACGUUUAUCGAUGUGAAGUCCAAAGUGUUGUCAGCUCAACCACAAAUGAUACAGGAACCAAUGAUACAUUUGUAGGAACACAUCUUGCUGGCUAUAUUAAUAACAAUGUUGCAGACUUUACAAUUCGAUUUAAACCACUUCCUUAUUUUCCACGUGGAAUGAAUAGAACUUUUGUGAACCUCAGAUCAAUUGCAAUUAUCAGCACAGGACUUAAGGAAAUCCUGUCAGAGUGACUUGAGAGACUUUCCCAGACUUUUUAGUCUUUCAAUUCAAUUAAAUUCAUUGGAAGUAUUGGAAAGUGGUUUAUUUGACUUCAAUCCACUCUUGGAAGAACUUAAUAUACAAUUUAAUAAAAUUUCGUACGUCGAUUUAAAUGUUUUUGCUAAGCUGACAAAUCUGAAUACCUUGCUGCUUAAUGUUAAUCUUUGUAUCGACUCGGGCAUAUCGAAUAAUAAAGUAGAAGUCAAAAAUCUCAUUGAAGCAACAAAAACUCGAUGCACCUCUGCAGAAUAUUCAGCAUUAGAGCUUAAAGUUAAAAACCUUGAAAUUGAAUCAGCAAAUUUAACUUCUGUAGCUUUGAAGGAUAAACUUGACAUUUUGGAGAAUGAAGUCAAAGUUUCUAAAUUUUCAAAUACUUUUGCACGUCGAAUUCAAGAUUUGAGAGCUCUUCAAGUCAAAAAGGCAAUCGAGGAAGCCUCAGCAACCACAACAACAACAACAAUGGCAACAACAACGACAGAACCUAUCAAAUAUGUGACAUGUACAGCAUUGGAAUCAAAAGUUGACGACACUAAUGUCAAUUUGAAUAAUUUGAUAGGAAGUUUUGCGAUUUUAGACGAAAAGUUCACAAAUCUGACCCAAAAUAUCACAAAUUUUAACGAAAAUAUUUUGCAAUUAAGUGAAACGGUUGCAAAAGUUGAUGAAAUUUUCAAAAUUUUGAGUCAAUUGUUUGGAAAUUCCAC